AUGCCCAUGCCCACUGCCCCGGCUGGGGGCUCGCAGCAAGUGGACGUCGUACAGUCGCAUGGGCAGUUUUUGCAGAACGUGGAGAUGGAGAAGUGGCAAGAAUGCCAGACGCAGCCAGGCCAGAAGCCGAUGUUGUCUCGCCAGGUGCUCGAAGCCUUGAUGGCAAGGGAGCAAGCAAGAGGUAUGACAUCUCAGCCAGCGCUGUGGGGCACGGUGGACGGCAGCCGAAUCUCGGCCACCGUGCCGGAAGUGAUGAAAGCGCAGCGUGCCGGUGCAACUGCCUUGAAGAAGGCAGGAGCAUGCCCGCUGUGA